UCCCGCCCAUUUUCAACGUGUCAACACUGCCGUAAAACAGGGGACGACUGUCGCACACACACUCAAUAGUGAAGUUGUGUGGUUCUGGUGCUGGCGGGCUCGGUACCAGGCUCGGUACUAGGUUCGGUAACCGGUUUAAAGGCGGUUAAAUGUCGCUGUAGGAGAGCUCGAUGUGAGCUGACGAGCUGCCGGUGCUCGGUGUCGGUGAUGGACUUUAGCAGGACGGUUCUGGUGACCGGAGGCUCCGGGUUCAUUGGCUCCCAUCUCGUAUGUUCUCUGGUCGACAGACAUGCUGACUGGAGGAUCAUCAACCUGGAUAACUUGGAUUACUGCUGCAGCCCCAGGAGUCUGGAGAGCGUUGAAGACAAAGCCAACUACACCUUCAUCAGAGGAGAUGUGUGCAACUCACGGCUGCUCAAUCACAUUUUCAACACGGAGAACAUCGACGUGAUCUUCCACCUGGCGGCCAAAACGCACGUUGAGUCGUCGUUUGAAACGCCGUCUACGUUCCAGCGCGUGAACAUCGACGGGACCAGAGUUCUGCUCGCAGCCGCCCACCAGGCCCGACACCAGCCGCAGCUCUUCAUCUACGUCAGCACAGACGAAGUGUACGGAGCCAGCCUGGACGAGGUGUUUGAUGAGAGCAGUCCGGUGAGGCCCUCCAACCCGUACUCUGCAACCAAAGCAGCUGCAGAGUACCUGGUCAGAUCAUACUGGGACAAACAUAAGUUUCCCAUCAUCAUCACCAGGAGUAACAACAUCUACGGGCCCAGGCAGUACACAGAGAAGGUCAUCCCGAGGUUUCUCACACUCUUGCACAUGAACAAGAAAUGCACCAUCCAGGGAACCCUCCCCAAGUCCCGCCACUUCCUGUUCGUCGACGACGCCAUCACCGCCUUCCUGCUGGUUCUGGAGAAAGGCACGGUGGGAGAGAUCUACAACGUGGGAACAGGCCGCGAGAUCCCCAUCAUGCAGCUGGCCAGGGAACUCAUUAAGAUGGUGAAGAACGUGCCGGAGCCUGAGGUGAAUGAUUGGCUCGAGUUUGUGCCCGACAGGCCGAGCGUCGACCUGCGCUAUCCCAUCAAAUGUGAGAAGCUGCAGCAGCUGGGCUGGAGAGCUCAGGUAUCCUGGCACGAAGGCAUCAGACAGACCGUCAAAUGGUACCGAGACAACCCGAACUUCUGGUCAGACGCAGCCGAGGACAAAGGACCAAUCAGAGCUCAACUCACAAACGCCGAACACACACGAGUGUCGCAGUUUAUUAUUCUCGGAGGACCACGGGAAGGCAGCGCCUCCCUUCGACCAAAGCAAAGUCGCACUUUAUGGAUAUUUAGAUGUUAAGGGCUGAAACUUCGCCUUAAAUUAAAAAGGAUGACGGUCAGGUGUGUUUUAUACACAUUUUAAAGAGAUCUAUUUUUCAUAUAAUUAUGUAUUUAACUGCAAAUAAAUCUUAUUGUACUAAAGUCAUUUCACAUGUUCUUCUCCAUUGACAAACUUAAAAUCAAAAGAGGAAGACGACACAGGUCAGAGCUUACAUUUGCAAAUCCAAACCUUUAUUUGUGGUCAAAUCAGAAUAGAUGCACAGUUUUUUCUUCUUCGUGCAGUGCUCCUCUUCGUGCACAACUGCUAAACUAAUACAUAAAGCAAAUACUAACUACCAGGCCGGAGGUGCUGUGUGUCCACGUUGGGGCGUUGGCGGGAUGGGGGGGAUCUGGCCAAUCGUUCCUGAUCGAACUGAAAGUGUUUGUUUGUUUCCCAGAAUUAACUUACUGUUGAAAAAUUUAGCGUUCCUGCAUAAAAAAGGCAGUAAAGUCUGAUCAUGUGUGCGCUCCAUCGAGGCUACUGUUGAUGGACGCGGGUUACAGCCCCGUUUCUGAUUGGCCAGAAGUCCCGUCGCCCUCCCACCACCGCCACCAAAGGAGCAUCCGACAACACUGACGCCUGAAAAUAUGCAAAUCACAACAACAUAGCAAUAGAACCACAGUUAAUUCUGUGUUAUGAAGACUUCAAAGGUCACCACUUGCCAGACAUUCACAACAAGGGUAUCAACGGGAAGGAAGGAAAAAAGUGUAAAAAGACUCAAAUGAAAAACUCAAAAUAAAAAACAACAUCUGACUUGGAGAGAAUCUGGACACUUGUUUUUUGUACUGCAUGUUUUCUGUUUUUUACAAAAUGGUCUUUGAUCGUUUGUUAAUUUUCUUUUAAUCCAAACCUUGGCAUAAUGUGGUAUUGUCUCAAAUUUUGUUUGCCAAUUUAAAAAAAAAAAAAGAAAAAAGGCUGUUUAAUGGUUGAUUAUCAUUAUUGGCAAUGGAACCCGUCGCACAAACGAAACAGGUUUAUGGAUCUGAUACUGAGUCCAAUGUGACUUUAAAGGUAACCCGUGUGGGACGUUUCUCUUCGUGUGUCGCAGUCGCUUCGCUCUGUGGCCUCGUGUUGACGCCGCGUGAACAUUUUUACGCGUCGUAGUCAAUGGCAGCAAAGCGGGGUCAUCUAGCGGCGAUGUAGUCACGACCGAGACUACGAGACGAGAGGCGUCGGGAUCGAGUUAAGACGUUUUUUUUUAAGCCUACGAUCGCGACUUGUGCGGUAGCAUAAAGUAGGUCGAACUAAGACGUGGCGCUGCCGUAAGCGGUCUGAUCGAACGCGCGAAGAUGUGCACGCGGCAUGGGUUGCUUUGUAUUUGAAGUGGUUUUGGCACCAGUGACUGUUUAUUUAUUUACUUAUUUCCGUAUUUCUGCGUCGUCACAGCUCGUCACUGCGACACAUCCGAAGAGAAACCCUGACACGUCGCGUCUUUAACAUUUAAAAAGCUCACACUACCCCAGAAAAAUAGAAAUUUUCACUCAUACCAAUGACAUUCAACAUUCAAGUGCCAGUGUUUUUGUUUACUGUCUUUUGGUCAAGUCACUUUGUAAAAUAUCAACUUUCGUAUUAAGCUUAUAAAAAUAAAUAUUUCCCCAAAAAGGCUUGAUAAAUUACACAAACUAGCAGCGAAAGUAGACUCGAGAACUCUGUGUGCAAACAGCUGAAUUUUUUUUUUAAAUGGUUGCUGUUAACUAGAACUCCACCUGGUCCCAAAAAACAAAAAAC